AUGACGGUUUUUGCUGCACUCGUGGCCCUUUUCCUUUUCUGCUUCAGUUUUCAUCCGUUUGUUUUUGCCGAUGACCCCAAGGCAGACGUCGUCAUUGCAGCUGACGGCGUGAGCGCCACUAUCAGGGGUUCGUUCACUGUUACUAUUGCACAGAAGUCAUUUUUUUGCUUUAGAUUCCAGUUUCCUACAUCUUUUCUAAUACAGUACAAUCCAAAAAAUCAACAACCAGGAUUUUUGCCUUAACUCUCUUCAAAGUUAGGGAAUCUCAACGAAACUUGGAUAUAUUAUGAAAACUAUCCAACAGCUCACAUCAAAGAAUUCAGUUCAGCAAAGAAAAAAAUGUUCCAAAAUGCAAACUAGGAGAGUUAUCUCGUUUACAGGAUACAACCACUCCUACGGAUUAUCGUUUCGAGGAAUCCGAUAUGCGAAAGCUCCUCUGGGAGACCUUCGUUUCAAAGUAUCCUUUUUCUUCCGAAUUUUUCAAACUUUCACUUAUACCAGGAAGCCCAGCGAAACGACCCUCAAGGAUUGAUAGAAGCAUUAGGAUAUGGUUAUUCCUGUGUCCAAGGAAAUGGACAAGGCAAUUCGGAAGAUUGUCUUUUUCUCAACGUCUUCAGUCCGAUUGUGAGAUUUCCAAGGUUUCUGACGAAUCAUGAGGAUUACAGGACACAACCAGUAGCUCGAAACUUCCCGUUUACGUGUAUAUUCAUGGCGGUGGUUUUGUUCAAGGGUCAGGAAAUAUGGGAGCUGGAAUGUACCCGAAUCUUAUCAACCCUGGAAAAAUAGUUUUGGUCAGCAUUAACUACCGUCUUGGACCAUUUGGUUAGUGAACUUUUUGACAGGAGUGAUUUAACUUCAACGUUCAGGCUUUUUCUCAACGCGAGAUUCAAUGGCUUCAGGAAACUGGGCUAUUUCUGACUGGGUUGAGGCUCUUAACUGGGUUCAACGGUAAAAAAUCCAGCGAUAAACUUAUAACUCAAAUUAACAGCUACAUAUCCUUCUUCGGUGGAGACCCAAAAACAGUGACAAUCGGAGGACAAAGUUCCGGCGGAGAGGCAGUUUCUGCUCUUUCUUUAACGCCACUUGCUACGGGUUUAAAAUUUUUCACCUCCACCGAGUACAUAAAAGUUGCUCAGGUCUUUUCAACAGAAUGAUCAUCGAAUCUGGAAGUGCUUUUGGUGCGGCAGUCAUGUCUUACUCUGAAAAAACUCGAAAUACCAGUGCCCAGCUGUCGAUUCGAACACAGUGUGCCUCACAAGAAACUUGGGGCAGUGGAAGCGACUUUGGAGUUUUAUUCCGUAUUGUUUCAUUUUCAUUUUGAAGCCAUUUAUAGCCGAUUCUUAAUUGCCUGAGAAGUUUGACGUCGGACCAGAUCGUGCAAGCCGACAACGCUCUUCCUGGUCAUAGAAUGAAAUGGAGUCUCGUUCAGGUUUUCUUCAUUUUUGAUAGGAUACAUCUUUUCAUUUUGCUUACUCAAUAUUCUGAGAAUGGGCUCCAAUUUUUUUUUAUGCAUUAAGUUAGCUAGUCUCAAACUGCAAAACUGCUCAUUUUUCAAACAAGACGUAUGCGAGAGUCAUCCAUGACUCAUUCAAACGUCUUGCAAUGAUUAUUUUUCAUUCUGAGAAUUUGGCUCCUCCAAAAUAAAAUAAAAACUGUGCCGUUUAUAUUUUUCAACGAUUUUCUAAGAAUCGAAAAAUGUAGGUGGAUGUUUCUAGAUUUUUCUUUCAUAACGUGAAUUGAAAUAUUUUUCCUUACCAGUGAAUUUUUAAAGUUUUUCUGACCUGGAUUUGUUUUGAGGACAAAAAAUGGCUCCCUCAGCGUUUGGAAUAUUUGGCACUGAAUAGACCGCCGUAUCCAGUGCUCAUUGGAGAUGUUCACGAUGAAUGGCUUGCAUGGGGUUUGGAAGGCCAUUUUUUUUUACUUCAGAUGCUUAGAGUGAUGGAAAUAUUUUUGGCUAUACUCAAUACCAUUUUUUUCCGACAAAGUUUCUCACGAUCAAUUUUCUUUUUCAUGUCAGGGUCUGUCGAGGCUGUCUAAUUUCGAAUAAGAAGAAAAAAAACUAGCGAAGGGUAUACUGUAACUUUCUCAAAGAUUUACAUUCCGACAAAGGUGGGAAUCGGAAAACUUUCGUGUUUGCGGAUUUCUUUCAACAAGUGAGACAAAGACGGGAGCUUUCCCCUGACCAGACCUGUCACAUCUCUUCAAACAUUGCUGUACCAACUCUUUGUUUCAGAAAUCUACGACAUUGUCAACAAUUUGAAUUCGAACGGAAAUUCGAAAACCGGCUUGCUAAACUCUCUAGCAACCAGCUACGAAAUGACUUAUUGGGACAAUGAAGGUGAAUAUUUCAAAAAAAAAAUCAUGAUUUCUUGAUUGAAGCUGCUGUUUUGUAUGCUGCCAAUAACAAGUACAUAUAUAGCCAGAACCUGGCCGAAAACGAUCAUGUCGAUUGGAUGGCUCAAAGAAUCAAGGUCGCUUAAAAAGCGUCAAAAUAUUGAAAUUCUGAGUUUUUCAGCUGUACAGUGAAAUGGUUUUCAUUGGCCCAGUUUUGCGAGACGCCAGAUACUUCAGCUACACUAAAAGCCCGGUCUACUUGUAUUCUUUUGAUUAUUUAAGCCCACUAGGUUUUUUUUUUCAAACCUGUUCAAGCCUAAAAAUGGUUCCAGCUCUUCCGCAAAUAACAGAACCGAAGUUGCGAGGAGUCCAGCACGCUUGGGAACUGCAGUACAUUUUCGACACAAGUCGGUUUUCUUGAUCCCACGUAUGGUAACCGUUUUGAAUUAGAUUGCGACGGCUUCACGUGUCAAGUACAAGAUAAUCAGAUUAGAAGUUACAUGGGUCAAACUUGGGUCAACUUCAUCAAACAGGGGUGAGUCAAAAAUUAUGAUUUUUUUUUGGGGUUCGCUUAAAGAGGACAACACACCUUUUUGAAUUUACGUGCUGAUGUCCUAAGUCAUUAAAAAUGAGAACGUUUUUGAAUUUUUUUAAAAAAGAAGAGACUAUAGUGUUUCAUGGCCAAAUUGAAAUGAUCAUUUUUUUUUUUGAAACUUUUGGUUGAAACGGGAAUCAGCCUAAUUAAAGGCAUGUAGUUUGAAGACAUUUUUUUGAGGAGGAAAAACCGUCGAGUCGAUGAUACAAACCCUUCCGGCUUAUAAGAUUAUAAGAAAUCACACUUUUUCAACGAUAAAAAAUUAUUCUUCUUAGGAACCCGGUACCCAGCGGCUCAUCGUUGCCGUUCAAAUGGCUGCCUAUGGAUUCUUCAAACCGUUAUCUAUCCAUAAUGCCAACCCCGUUUCAAACCGUCCAAUACCACGCCGAUUCUUGGUUCUGGGUCUGCACAGCUCCUACCAUCGACGGCUUCAAAGCUCCUUUCUGUUGA